GGGAGGGAUAGCGGCGAGAGGAGGAGUUUUCCAGCACGGCUUCGCCCGCUCGCCGCGCAGCCCCUCGGCUGCGUCCGUCUCCUCCGCCCCCUUGGAAGCGCUCAGCGCAGCGCAGGGAGCCCAGCGAAGUGCCGGCGCGCCAUGGGGAGCUCCGCACUCCGAGCCGCGCUGCUGCCGCUGCUGCCGCUGCUGCUGCUGCUGCGGGUCCCGCCGAGCCGCGCCUUCCCAGGAUCUGGAGACUCACCGCUAGAAGAUGAUGAAGUCGGGUAUUCACACGCUAGAUAUAAAGACACCCCAUGGUGCUCCCCCAUCAAGGUGAAGUAUGGGGAUGUGUACUGCAGGGCCCCUCAAGGAGGAUACUACAAAACAGCCCUGGGAACCAGGUGCGACAUUCGCUGCCGGAAGGGCUAUGAGCUGCAUGGUUCUUCCCAGCUCAUCUGCCAGUCAAACAGGCGCUGGUCCGACAAGGUCAUCUGCAAGCAAAAGCGAUGCCCCGUUCUGGCCAUGCCAGCGAAUGGAGGGUUUAAGUGCGUCGAUGGUGCCUACUUUAACUCCCGGUGUGAGUACUACUGCUCACCAGGAUACACGUUGAAAGGGGAGCGGACGGUCACAUGCAUGGACAACAAGGCCUGGAGCGGCCGCCCAGCCUCCUGUGUCGAUAUAGAACCUCCUAGAAUCAAGUGCCCAAGUGUGAAGGAACGCAUUGCUGAACCCAAUAAGCUGACGGUCCGGGUGUCCUGGGAGACGCCGGAGGGCAGAGACACGGCAGAUGGCAUUCUAACUGAUGUUAUUCUAAAAGGCCUCCCACCAGGCUCAAAUUUUCCAGAAGGAGACCACAAGAUCCAGUACACAGUCUAUGACAGAGCUGAGAACAAGGGCGUUUGCAAAUUUCGAGUUAAAGUAAGAGUCCGCCGCUGUGGCAAACUCAACGCCCCAGAGAACGGUUACAUGAAGUGCUCCAGCGAUGGUGAUAAUUACGGGGCCACCUGUGAGUUCUCCUGCAUCGGUGGCUAUGAGCUACAGGGUAGUCCUGCCCGAGUCUGUCAGUCCAACCUGGCCUGGUCUGGCACAGAGCCCACCUGUGCAGCCAUGAAUGUCAACGUGGGUGUCAGAACAGCAGCGGCACUUCUGGACCAGUUUUAUGAGAAAAGGAGACUCCUCAUUGUGUCCACACCCACAGCCCGGAACCUUCUAUACAGGCUGCAGUUGGGAAUGCUGCAGCAAGCACAGUGUGGCCUGGAUCUUCGACACAUCACCGUGGUCGAGCUGGUAGGUGUGUUCCCGACCCUCAUCGGCAGGAUAGGAGCAAAGAUUAUGCCUCCAGCCCUAGCUCUGCAGCUCAGGUUGUUGCUGCGAAUCCCACUCUAUUCCUUCAGUAUGGUGCUAGUGGAUAAGCAUGGCAUGGACAAGGAGCGCUAUGUCUCCCUGGUGAUGCCUGUGGCCCUCUUCAACCUGAUUGAUACUUUCCCCUUGAGAAAAGAGGAGAUGGUCCUGCAGGCUGAAAUGGGCCAGACCUGCAACACCUGAUGCCAUGGCUCUUCUCUUCGCAGUUGCUCUUGUCGUCCAACAGAGUGCCAUGCACACGGAAAGGCCUUAAAAGUAUCCUUGAUGUACAGAUUUUUAUUUGUAAUUUUUAAAGUCUAUUUUAAUAUGAGCUUUCUUUGCACUUAAAAAUUACCAUGAUGCUUUUUGUACUUGGAAGUGUACCAAAAAAUUAUGAAUAUGAUAUUUACUCUUUCUCUUUAUUCCAUCAUGGCUGGUUGAUUUUAUAGAGAAAUUAGAAACCACAACCAUACACAUGCUUUCAAUGUGUUAUUCAGUGUAACACAUAACUUACUUCUAUUUUGUUUUUUUUUUUAUAUAAAACUUAUAUGAAUAAAAUAUUUUGGAGCAAA